GAAUUCUUCUCAUUUUCUUUCCGUUUCAAGAACGCUCUGAAUUCUUCUCUAGCUUAGCUCUCUUUCUCUCUCAUCGUCCUCAAUUGAAAGUCAAUAUAAUCUCUCUCUCACUCUCUUUCUCUGUUUCUCUCUCUGUAUUUGAAUCUUGAAGUUUUUCAGUAAAUGGCUCCGACACCGUCGUCUUCGUCGAAAUCCAAUCAAAACCACAUGACCCAGAUCAAAACCCCACAGUCCAAGCACCGACUUCAAUUCCACGCAUCAAAAACAUGCCCAUCUCCGAAUCCCCACUCAACGGCCAAAGAUCCCCCAACUGAGCACCCAGUCGAAGUAAUCGCUCGAAUCCGAGACUAUCCAGAUCGAAAAGACCAACAGCAACCCAUCUCCACCCUCCAGAUUAAACCUCAAAAACAGAGCAUUCGGGUUCGUGCCGAUUUCGGGUACCGGGAUUUCACUCUAGAUGGGGUUUCUUUAUCAGAAGAAGAAGAUCUUGGUGGGUUCUAUUGUAAAUUCGUUCAGUCGAGGAUGAACAGGGUCAAACUGGGUGAUAAAUGCACCAUUAUGAUGUACGGUCCGACGGGUUCGGGCAAGAGUCACACCAUGUUUGGGUGCUCUAAGGAGCCGGGGAUAGUAUAUAGGUCACUCAAGGAUAUUCUUGGGGAUGGGGAAGAAGAAGACGAUAAAAAUGGAGAGAUUGGGGUUGGGACUUUUGUUCAGGUGAGUAUUUUAGAGAUUUACAAUGAAGAAAUUUAUGAUCUGUUGAGCAAUGGUGGUGGAGGAGGAUUUGGUCUUGGUUGGCCGAAGGGCAACGGCUCAAAUUCUAAGGUAAAGCUUGAAGUGAUGGGAAAAAAGGCAAAGAAUGCUUCAUUUAUAUCUGGACAUGAAGCUGGAAAGAUUUCAAAGGAGAUUCAGAAAGUGGAGAAGCGAAGAAUAGUCAAAAGCACUCUUUGCAAUGAUAGAAGUUCCCGGAGCCAUUGCAUGGUUAUCCUCGAUGUCCCAACUGUAGGAGGACGUCUGAUGCUUGUCGAUAUGGCUGGUUCUGAAAAUAUUGAUCAAGCUGGUCAAGUUGGGUUUGAGGCGAAAAUGCAGACAGCAAAGAUCAACCAAGGAAAUAUAGCGCUGAAGAGGGUGGUUGAAUCAAUUGCUAAUGGUGAUUCCCAUGUACCCUUCAGAGACAGCAAACUUACUAUGCUUCUGCAGGAUUCUUUCGAGGAUGACAAGUCAAAGAUUCUGAUGAUUUUAUGUGCAAGCCCUGAUCCUAAGGAAAUACACAAGACGAUUUGCACACUUGAAUACGGAGCGAAAGCAAAGUGUAUUGUUCGAGGUCCUCUCACACCAACUAAGGAUAAAAUCGGGGCUGAAGAUUCUUCUUCUGCAGUUAUUUUAGGAUCAAGGCUUGCAGCCAUGGAUGAAUUUAUCCUUAAGCUGCAAAGGGAAAACAAGCUCAGAGAGAAAGAAAAAAUUGAAGCACACAAGGAGCUAAUGAAGAAAGAAGAGGAGGUUUCUGCAUUGAGGGCUAGGCUGAAGCUCUUGGAAGAAAGAGGUCCUGGGAUAAAUGAGGAAGAGAUUAAUGUGAAGGUCAAAGAAAGAACCCAGAUUGUAAAAUGCGAGUUGGAAAGGAAGCUGGAAGAAUGCCAGAGAAUGGCAAACGAGAGGAUACUGCAGCAGCAACAGGAAGUCGAAAUGCUAAGACUGCGGUUGGAAGAAAUAGAAUUUGAGCUACGCACAGGAGAUGGAAACAACAGGGAAAGCAUAUCAAAGGAGAAUGAUGUAUGUGGAAUUGCAAAAAGGUUGUUAGGGAUCUAUGCCAAUGAAGAUCCAGGAAUGGUGAAGUCCAUGGAUUUGGACAUGGAUGACCAAAGUGAGUUGAAAUUUGUAGGUGGGGUCAUUCAUCAAAACGACGAGAGUGGCAUCCAAGCUGUGAAUCAGCCCAACCUCAACACUCUGAAUACUGUACUGGAGAAUGGCAUUUUUGCACCAAAGUUUGGAGACAAAGUUUCUUUGAGUACUGUGUUUGAGGAGGAAGAAGAAGAGCAAAAUAUGGAAGAUGAAGAAGAAGAAAAAGAAGUGAUAGAGGAAAAGAGGAUAUUGGUAGAUGGAUCUACCCCUAACACCAAUAUCGAAUCUUUGGCAUAUUUAAAAGGAGAAGAUGAUUACUAUAAAGGAAGAUCAGAGGACAGGCUUGUGGAUCUGGAUUCUUCUAAACGUUUAAAAAGAAUCCAGAAUAUCUUUUCACUUUGUGGGAACCACAGAGAGCUCUCCCAUCAUAUCAGGAAGCAGUCAGAAAAUAUAGAUCCGAAAUCAUAUCCGGAGAUGGUGACAGCUGGGGAUGAUACCAUUUUGAAGCCGUUCAGCAAAGAAAUCUCGGAGGUCCAGAAAUUUGUUCCUGCAGCUGAGGAUGUUAAGGACUUGCCAGCAGUGACAAAGGGAACACAAUGCCAAAAUCUUCCAUUGAGUCCUCUCCCAUUGAGGCCUCUGGAGAACAUACUACCAGCUACACCAAAUUCCUGCUUCUUGCACAAAGAUGGUCUCUCACCUAAAGUAUCACCAAACUUAGGUUCUACUCCGUUUAUUACUGUUAGAAAACAUUAAGUGGUUGUGGUUCUGCUUGUACCAAUGAUUUAAAGGAGUUUCAUUUUGAGAAAGUCUUGCAACUUCUGUAUAAAUUUGCACACACUAUGUAAUAUAUUCUUUGUGGAUUAAUUGUCCUUUCUAAAAUGAUUGUUUUACCAAAUUUCUCAUUCCCUUUCCUUCGGAGAUUCUUUCAAUGUGAUAAGGAUUGUUUUGACUUACUAGGCAAACUAAUAAUUGUUUGACUCACUAGGCAAACUAUGUAUCUUUUAUUUAGUGCCUGAGGUGUAUGUAUUUCAUUUCAUAACAAUGCUUUCGUUUUAGACAUUUUCAAGAACCA